AUGACCAUAUCUAACACGACGCACGACGUCCCUAGGCCAACAAUGGCUGGAGCCUCAAGUCGUUUAGCACUGCACUUGCGCUACUUGAAAGUAUCGGGGAGAAAAUACGAUCUCGGGGCAGACCAUUAUUUCUGUGAGGGCUCGACAAGACCGAAGCUGACGGUCGUAGUUUCCUCGUCGAUUCCGUGCGGUUGUGAGACCUUGAUGCUUCAACAUGCAUCAAUGUGGCUGGGCGAAUUGAUAUUUUGGUUCGCAGACAUUCGGAUUCUCAUUCAGGCUUCUUUUGGUUCUCAGGUCAACGUUGCUCUCAAUCAUUGGCGUCCAACUGUACGAUUAACAAGGGCUAAGGCUGUCUGCAAGGAGGGACCUCAGAGAGUGGAGACUUUGGCUCCUGCAGUUCAUAGAUACUUGGUCGAAACAUAUCAGAACGCUGAUGGUACCCUUCGCAGCAUCGGUGGUCUUAUUACCAAUAGUCCUAGCGAAGACGCAUCAUCGUCAUUCGGCGUGUUUUCUAAGCAGAGUCUGUGGAACGAUGACCGCUAUCAGAUGACGACGUCAAACCUUCCCUCGUCACUGCGGUUUGCUUCCGAUCCAAAAGUCUCUCAAGUCAAGAAGGAAGCCUCGCUCUGUCUCCGUGAUGUAUGCCAGUUCCUGGAUCAAGUCCUCUCAGCGGUGCCCUUCGCAGGAAGUGCGAAGUCGAUCAGACUCUUUUCCCCGGUUGAGCCGUCGAAGAAUGAAGCGCCCAUAUUUGUACACAAUGUCGUCAAGGCGAAAGUGGGGCGUUUCAUCGUGAUCUGCAUCUUCGAGUUCGGGUCUUGCUCUAAGCCUUCGUCUCUUUCUGGUGGUCCCCAAUGUCAGGGAUGUAUAAAGUUGCAAGCGACCCUUGCUAUUGUGGUGUUCCUUGGUGCCGUUGUUUCCCAUUUGUUGCUAUACUCCGAGCGCCUGUGGUCCAAACGCCGCGAAAAGGUUAAUCUUUUGGGAUUUACGCUGUUAUCUCCGACGUUUCAUGGCGGGCGGGGAUACGGAAGCGGGUACCUGUUCAUUAUGGACCUACAGUGA